AAAGUAAAAGUCUAAUAUCUUGAAAACCGGUGAAUAUUUUUCGAUGAAAUUUGGUAGAUAUUCGUUUUCACUCUUUCUGAACCGAGCGACAUCACUUUCAUGCCAGUUCAUUAACUUUUUUGAAGGUGGGAGGGUCCCUUUAAGUCACAUUUUCUUGUGUAUGCGAUUUUGUUAAUGAGCUUACAUGUACAGUCCUCAGCAGACUGCGUGGUUCUCAAUAUAUGUCAAGAAGAAGCGUGCUAAGCCAAGAAAUAAGAACAUAGGUACAUACCUAGUUUCGGUUUGACUUUCAAGUGAAGUCAAAGCAGGCAGUGCACCACAUCUGUACUUCAAGCUUGACCUGCAUUGUGUCAGUGGUCAUGAAGAAAAAAGCAAAGGCCACUGAGGAAAGCAUUAGCAGGAGUGAAGAGAUGGAGUUGGUGCAAGAUGAUCACGAUUUCAUAUGUCGCGUGCUCUCCUACUUGCCUGCUGAACUGAAGCAGGGCUAUGGCGGCGACGACUCUGAGGAGUCUGAAGCUGAAAACGAUCUGCCGAACACUCGAGAGGAGCGACAGGCGGUGUUACGAGAGAAGCUGCACGCCAAGCUACAAACAUUGCGCGCGAGAAGUGGAAGUUUGAGGGCCCAGAAAAAUAUCCGCAAGCGGUUAAACAAGAUGGAGAAAAAGAAGCAAAAACAGAAACAGCAGGGCAAAGGUGGAGCGAUAAACUCCAAAAUCAACGCCGUGAAGACAGCCAAGAAACAAAAAAUGAUUGAACGUCGGUCACAAGGUGUACUUCCUGCCGAAAGCGUAAAAUCGAAGCCAGUUUUCACCGCCGAAGGCAAACUUGUCUUUAGUAAAUUCGAUUUCGCUUCAGCUGAAUCGCCAGAGAAGCCCAAGGCUAAAAAGGCAAGUCUGAAGGCAGAGUUGCACAAAGCCCGUGAGAAACAGCAGAAGAAACAGAAGGGCUCGGGAGAAGCGGAAAAAGAAGCUUGGGAAACGGCGAUGAAAAAAGCCACAGGAGAGAAAAUUCGGGACGAUCCGAAGCUCAUUAAGAAGACCAUGCGUAGACAACAGCAGAAGAAGAAACAGAGCAAGAAGAAAUGGGAUGAAAGGGUUCAGAAUGAGAAAAAGAAGAAGGAAGAGCGGCAAAACAAGAGGCUGGGUAACAUCCAGGAAAGGAGAGAUCAGAAGAAAAAGAAGAUAGUAAACAAACUUAAGAAGAAGGGAAGGAUUCUUCCUGGUUUCUAAUGGGAACGUGAACUGUGAUUUGCGCGCGCGGUGACUGUCUCGUAUUUUGUAUUAUUCCUUUUUGUGAAACUUCGUCUCAACAUGUGAAUGUUGUACAGGAGCGCGAUCCAUCGUACAUGAGCGAUUCGACGUAGCUGAAAAGGAUUCACCUCACUCAAGUGCGCUCCUCACAUUGCAUUGAUUCAUCUGAAUGCACUGGCGACUGCAGGUGUGAGUGGUUGUUUAUUUGCUUCCUUUUCAGGAGGUGCGUGUUCAAAGGGAAUAAAGCAGGGGACAUGCGAC